UCAGUCAAUCUUCCUUCUACGCGGUUUUCCCCGCCUCUUUCUCCUCCUUCCUUUCACCCCACUCCGCGUUUCCUCUCUCUCUCUCUCUCCUCUCCUCUCCUCUCUCUCUCAUCAGAUACACAUAUUUACACCCUUAUCUUUUAACCUUCUGCUAUUACCCAUAGAUACAUACAGCCAACAACGACAAAUAAGCAUUCCUCACCUAUAGAUACAUAUAUACAACAGUACAUGUAGAGAGGUGUUGCAGAAGAAUAAUCGAAUAUGUUGCGAUCGUGUUACAGGCCGAUAGAGAGGUGCUUAGGGCGACGGAACGGCGACGGGCUCUUGUGGCACAUGGACUUGAAGCCCCACGCCUCCGGCGACUUCUCGAUCGCCGUCGUCCAGGCCAAUUCCAGCCUCGAGGAUCAGAGCCAGGUGUUUACCUCGCCGUCGGCCACCUACGUUGGCGUCUACGACGGCCACGGCGGCCCCGAAGCCUCUCGCUUCGUUAACAGACAUCUAUUCCCUUUCCUCCACAAAUUUGUGACUGAGCAUGGGGGACUAUCAGCGGAUGUGAUAAAAAAGGCAUUUAGUGCCACAGAGGAAGAGUUUCUUCAUUUGGUGAAGCAAUCUUUGCCAGUCCAGCCGAAUAUUGCUUCAGUUGGUUCAUGUUGUCUAGUUGGUGCCAUUUCACAUGAUGCAUUAUAUGUGGCGAAUCUUGGAGACUCCAGGGCAGUUCUUGGCCGGACUGUUUCCCAGGGGCAGAAGAGAAAAGUGGUGGCGGAACGUUUGUCCAAGGAUCACAACGUUGCUUGCGAGGAGGUGAGGAAGGAGGUCAAGGCUCUUCAUCCUGAUGAUUCUACUGUAGUAAUAAAUUGUCAAGGAGUUUGGAGAAUCAAGGGCAUAAUUCAGGUAUCGAGAUCUAUUGGAGACGUCUACUUGAAGAAACCUGAGUUCAACAGAGACCCACUUUUCCGGCAGUUUGGACACCUUAUUCCCUUGAAAGGACCUGUAUUGACUGCAGAGCCCUCAAUUCUCAUAAGAAAGCUUAGGCCUGACGACUUGUUUUUGAUAUUUGCUUCAGAUGGCCUGUGGGAACAAUUGAGCGAUGAAGAAGCAGUUGAGAUUGUAUUGAAAAACCCAAGAGCGGGAAUAGCCAAGAGGUUAGUGGGAGCUGCUCUUCAGGAGGCUGCAAAGAAAAAGGAGAUCAGAUACAAUGACAUACGAAAAAUCGAGAAGGGGACUAGGCGUCAUUUCCACGAUGAUAUCACCGUGAUUGUGAUGUAUCUUGACCAUCAGAAAGGCUCCACCAAUGGCAGAUUUAAACAAAGUUCUAUUGGCUGCACAACUGCUCCUGUUGACAUCUUCUCCAACACGGAUGAAACCAUAGAGGAAAUUGAUGACACAUUUCCAUUAGCAAAGAGAACCCAACGAAGUUUGAACUGACAGAAUCAUGGCCCAUUUUAUAGGGUUCAGAACGAUUUUGCUUGGAGUUGGAGUUCUCGGAAGAAUACAGGACGGUGUACAUAUUCGAGUUCCUUAUGACAAUGGGGCUAUGUUUAGACAAAUGGGUCUAAGCCAUAGUGCGACACCGAAAGCAGUGAACCAGUUACCUACGAGACAUAUUUGCUCGGAGGAGUGGGAGUUUGGGAAGAAUAUACACGGAUGGAUAGAGACAAUCCUUUUACUGAUGGAAGUCGGUUUUAUGAGUUACAAGCUCUAACUACAUUUUUGGUUCUCCCAUUAUUGAUUUUUUGCCUUGGUAUGAGCAGCUCUGCAUGUCCGAACCAUUUUGGACUAUCUUUUUUGUACUUCCAGUAAUAAAUUUUAAGGUUGUAGAGU